AUGCCCGGCCCGUUAUAUGCCAGAUGGGUACCACCGGCCAAACCAAAGGCUCAGGAGAAAUCAGAAUCGCUCCCCCACCCUCCCGGGAAGACAUCGCAACCUACCAUUGAGUCCCCCGAGCCUCUCCGCCAAAAAGAGAAGUCGAAGCGCAAGUCGACUGACCAACCUGCCCCUUCUCCGGAGUUGAAAGAAGAUGAGCGUGAUGCGGCAGCCAGCGGCCAUACUCAGGAGGAACAGGAGAGUGGGGAGAAGCCCAAGAAGUUGAAGAAGCGAAAACGAGAGCUGGAUGUGAAUGACGAGAUACAGGUCGAAGAAGAAGCCACGCCAAAAAAGCACAAAGCCAUCCUAUCCAAAUUCGAGCGCUCUUAUCAGAGGGCAGAGGCAAUACGAGCUUCGGGGGAGCAGCAUUACCCGGAAACGAGCAAGGAAGACGAACCUGCACCGGAGCUUCAUGUUCCACUUCCUCAACCUGCACCAGUCGCCGAUAUCCCGUACCAACCUACUUUCUCCGCUUUGCCUUCUUGGCUAGCAACACCCACUACGAUUGAAUCCUCCCAAACGGUAUCCUUUGAAAAACUAGGUAUCCACCCCAGCUUCCUGAAGAAAUUAGAAAAGCAAGGAUUCAGAGAUGCGUUGGCUGUGCAGUCUGUGCUCUUGCCUAUGUUACGUCCUGGCUAUGAUCAGCAUCUGGGCGACAUAUGCGUUUCCGCUAGGACUGGCUCAGGCAAAACCCUCGCUUACCUUCUUCCCAUCAUCGAGACACUGCGGGACCAAGCUGUCACGACGCUCUCCGCAAUCAUUGUAGUCCCUACAAGACAACUCGUGGAUCAGGCAUUGAAGGUUGCCGAGGAGCUCUGCGAGGGCACAAAACUGAAGGUCGGGACCGCUCUAGGCAGUGUUCCCUUUGCAUCUGAGCAGAAGCAAUUGGUCAAGGUCAGGGCUCGAUAUGAUCCACAAAGAGCAAAGGAACUACAUGAUAAAGCCUCUCGGCAGAUGAAAAGCGCUUUAGGUGGUCGCGGUGGCAUCUUCGAUGACCUUGCAAAGGUCCCAAAGGACCAUGUUCCCCAAUAUGACUCUGGAGUUGACAUUCUCAUAUGCACCCCUGGACGUCUUGUUGAGCACAUUGAAUCUACUACUGGAUUCCUCCUAAGGUCUGUUAGGUGGCUUGUCAUUGACGAAGCAGAUCAGCUCAUCGCGCAAAAUUUCCAAGGCUGGGCUACUGCGCUAAUGGACGCUUUGCAUGACGAUACGCCAGAGGACUUCAUGAACACCCAAGAGCGCCUAAGAAAGCAAAGACGAAAUCUAGAUUGGGCUCCCGCUUUGCCUGAUCGGACGCAUAUUACGAAGGUUGUCCUAAGUGCCACGAUGAAGAAGGACCUCACCAAACUCGGGACCCUGCGUCUAAGACGGCCCAGACUGGUGGUCGUUGAAAAUGAUAAAGAAGAUCAACCGUCAGCACCCGAUGGUGAGGUUUACGAGCUCCCUAGCACCCUUGCUGAAUAUGCCAUCCCAGUGGGUGACGGCUCCAAAAAACCAUUAUACCUCCUAUUCAUCCUUUUGCGUCACAUACUCAACUUAAACCACCCAAUGGAAGAGAAGACCGACUCGGGUUCAGCGAACUCCUCAUCGGAGGAGGACUCGGAAGCCGAACCAAGCUCCAAGGCCGACUGCACCUCAGCCUUGUCUAGCGACCGGAGCCGUAUCCUCGUCUUCGUCAAGAGCAAUGAGAACGCAUCCCGCCUCGCACACCUCCUCUCUGUCCUUGAACCUCCCCUGCAGCCCUUCGUCAAAGCCAUGACACCCGGCGCAACCACGAAGCAGUCCCAGAAGCUUCUGCGCUCCUUCGCGGCUGGCAGAAUAAAAAUUCUCAUCGCUUCGGACACUGCUUCUCGCGGCCUCGACAUCCCAGAUAUCACCCACGUUAUCAACUACGACAUGCCCGGCAGCAUAAUCAGCUACGUCCAUCGGGUAGGACGAACGGCGCGCGCGGGUAAACAGGGGCAGGCAAUGACAUUGGUUGCGAAGAACGAGGCAGGGUGGUUCUGGAAUCAAAUCGCCAAAGGGAGCAGCGUGAAGAGGGUGCGUGGGACAAAGGUCGUGAGGGUCGAGUUGAAGGAGCGCGACGUGACAUGGGACAGGAAGAGGACGUAUCAAGAAGCUUUGCAACAGCUCCAGGGGGCCGUUGAGGGGAAUCCCGAUAACACGGAGGCGUGA